GAAAUUAGUGCUGCGGUCCUCUAGCUGCUGGCUCGCGGCUUCUGCGGUCAUGGGGUUCGUCCGGAUGUCAACCGGCCUGUGGCUUCUGAUUCCACUCACGGUGAUAGUAGCAGCAGACCAACAAUGUGUACCAAAAUACUAUGGUGACAACAAGAUUGUCUGUGUCUGCAAUGCGACAUACUGUGAUACCGUUGAUAAACCAGCACCUGUUCCUUCAGGCCAAUAUUUGCUCUACACUUCAAAUGAAGAUGGCUUACGAUUCAACAAGAGCACUGGUUCAUUUACUUCUACCAGAAACAUUUUUCGUUUCAAGCUGACUGUUGAUCCAACUACCACAUAUCAAACAAUACAUGGCUUUGGGACUGCAUUCACUGACUCAGCUGGGAUAAAUGUAGCUUCUCUUUCCAAUGGUUCUCAGAUAAACCUCAUGAGGUCUUAUUUUUCAACCUCUGGGAUUGAACUAAAUAUGGGAAGAGUGCCAAUAGGUGGCUGUGACUUUUCUAUUCAUGCAUAUUCAUAUGAUGAUUAUGAAAAUGAUACAAGUCUUUCACACUUUAGUUUAACAGAAGAAGACUACAACAUAAAGAUUCCCUUGAUAAAAUGGGCUCAGGCUAUCAGGGGUCAGAACUUGAAGUUGGUUGGUGCUGCAUGGAGUCCUCCAAAAUGGAUGAAAACAAACAAUGAUUUUGUAGGAUUUUCUCUAUUAAAGGAUGAAUAUUUCCAGGAAUGGGCAGACUACCACAUAAAAUUUCUUGAUGCUUACAAAAACAUGGGCCUUGAAUUCUGGGCAGUGUCUACUGGAAAUGAGCCAUCCAAUGGAAUAAUUCCUAUAAAUAGAUUUAAUUCACUUGGAUGGACUCCAAAAAAGCAAAGAAAAUGGAUUGCUGAAAAUUUUGGUCCUGCACUUCGUGCUUCUCAACACAGCAGCAUUAAACUCCUUGUACUUGAUGAUCAACGGUUUUUGUUGCCUUGGAUGGUGAACCUUCUAAUGGAAGAUGAAAAAGUGCAAAACUAUGUUGAUGGUGUUGCUGUGCACUGGUACUGGGACACUUUUCUUCCAGCUUCACUGCUAAGCCAAACACACAACAAGUACCCUUCAAAAUUUAUUAUAGCAACUGAAGCCAGCAUUGGUGACAAACCAUGGGAUAUAACUAAAGUUGUGCUUGGUGAAUGGUCAAGAGGUGAACAGUACAUGGCUGACAUAAUUCAAGACUUGACACACUGGGUCACUGGUUGGAUUGACUGGAAUCUUGCUUUGAAUCCUGAAGGUGGUCCUAACUGGGUGAACAACUAUGUUGAUUCUGCAGUUAUUGUGAAUGCAACAAGUGAUGAGUUCUAUAAGCAGCCAAUGUUUUAUGCUAUGGGACACUUUUCCAAAUUUGUUCCUGAAGGAUCAGUGAGAAUCAGUAUUGAGCCAAAUGACAAGAGUGGACUGAAGAGUGUGGCAUUCAGAACUCCAGACAAUGCUACAGUCAUUGUCAUGUACAAUGAGAAAAACAGCGAUACGAAGAUACAGCUUGUGGAUCCAGACCGUGGCAACAUUGAUCUUACCAUCCCAAAGCGAUCUUUCAAUUCUCUUUUGUACUGGUGAUGUGCUCGAAGAAAGACUUAAAAUGUGGGAUAACAGAGAUAAAGACCAAAGAUGCUCAGUAGUAAACUAUUUAUUGAGUGUUUUUCCUUAUAAAAACAUUAGACUUCACUCCUUACUUAUGAGAUGCAAAAGACUGUUAUUAAUGUGCAUAUAGUCAUACUAUGUUGUACUAGGACAGUAAAGUACAAAAUACAUUUUUAGUACUAAAUAAUAAAUGUAGCCUUUUUCCUGGCAAUAAGAAAACCAGAAGUAAAAUCUACGACUGCAUAAAUGUAUGUAAGCAAAGUGACAACCUUCAAGAAUGUGCUGUUAUAUAUCAAUUAAUUAAAAUCAAAAAUACAGUCGAAGAUAACUGUUGAACUGAAAUAUGUUAAAAAAGGACAGAAACCAAACUUCUUGGCUUAUGUGUGCAAAAUAAAUGCAACUCCAGGGCAACACAUAUGGAAUAAGAUGAUCACAAAAUUGCCCCUCAAGUUACUUCAUAAAUAAAAAGAAAUGGAACCUGUAUGGCACAAAACAACAGCCUAUCAUUUAGUUGUGCAGAUGGACCACAUCUCCAAGAAAAUUGAAACUAC